AUGGGUCCUACAUUAAGGCAAGCAGCAGAGGAAGGGGACAUGGAGAAACUAACGAAUGUCUUGGCUUUCAACCCAGACAUGGUUUACUCGAUAACACUCGAUAAACAGAACACGGCUCUCCACAUAGCAGCCUCAAAUGGACAUUAUAGGUUUGUUCACCAUUUCCUUAUCUCCGUGGGUGUUGAUGCUCAGCUCGUCAUUAGCAAGAACUUGGACGAGGAAACUCCUUUACAGCUGGCAGUGAGAGAGGGGCAUGGCGAAGUUGUGGAGCAUUUGAUCAAGUAUCAGGUGUGGGCAAGAACACGCCACCGCAGACGCCCUUGGCAACACGGCACGGCUGGUGGGCCCCGCGGCCAUGGCAAAGCCACGCUCGCAUGCAUCUGUGGCACGGUCGCCGCCGAUGAGAAACGGCAUGAGGCUGCCUCCACCCGCAUCAUCUCCAAGCUCUUCGAGGCAGACCUGGACGCCGGCAUGCAUGCGCUGGCGUACAUGCUGCGCCGCGGGGUCGCCAUGCGCACCUCGCCCAUCGUCGACGGCGACCACGACGACCUCUAUGCCUGCGUCGUGUCCCUCGUCGAGCGGUCCGGCAUGUACACGAUACCAAAUCCAUACAUGCAUGAGGCAUUGCGUGCAUCAGUAGAAGAAGGAAACAUCCAUAAAAUGUUGGAGCUCACUGUUGACCAAGGCAUUUCCAUGUUUUUCACCGUGACGCCAGAAUAUCUUAACAAUGUUCUUCACAUUGCAGCAUUGAAGGGAGACGUGCAAUUUGUCCAUCAUGUCCUCCUUUAUGUUACCUCAUAUCCAAGGGUUAUCAGAGAGUUGCUGAAACAGUGCCCCGAUCUGAGCGAGGUGCUGGACAAGGCAGGGCAAAACAUCUUCCACGUCGCCGUCCUCGCGGACAGGCCCAGGAUACUCAGCUGGUUUCUCAGGUACGUGCUGCACGCGGAGAUGGUGAACCAGCAGGAUCUCAACGGGGAUACGCCAUUGCAUCUCGCAGCCAAAAAUGUGUUCAUCCAACCAGCUCGGCUGCUGCUCAAGGAUCCCAGGGUUAACCGCAACAUCGUUAACCGUGAUUGGUAUACCGCGCUUGACAUCUCCCGGGAAAAAGCAUUAAUACGAUCCGAGCUUAAUGCCUAUCAGUUAAACAUUUGGAAGGAGAUGUUUAAGCGUCAGGAAAUUAUGUCCGAACCGCCCCACAAUGACUCAAUAUGGCAGAGACCAAUGGGAGGACGAGUUGGCCCUCCUAGUGAUGAUGAAGUCAGGAUAUAUGUAUACAUCGUUGUGGCUGCCUUCAUCACCAUGGCAACGUUCAGGGCAACAUUCACCAUGCCUGGGCGCUACGACCCACGCUCCGGCUUUGCAAUUGCCGGGCACCAUUGGGCAUUCAAGUUAUCUGUUCUGUGUAACACCACAUCGACGUGCAGCUCAGCUCUUGUCGUCCUGCUGCUCAUUGCGCAAUGGCAUAGUGCAACGUGGAUCGUGCUGGAUGCCCUGGUUUGGGCUAACAGGUUCAUCAUUCUCGCCCUAUUCACCAUGGUUGUCUCGAUGUUGAUGGCCAUAUACCUCACCGUUUUACCAUCGUCCUAG